CUGGGUGGUCGAAGCGGAUCCUCUUUAAAUGAAAACAAGGCGUCGAUUCAGCCAUGGAGUGCAUCAAAAACUGCUGCAAGAACUUCAUGAAGAAGAACGAGCAGGAGCGGGAGACCCAAGUGAUUGCACUGAAGAUGCCCCCUAACACAGCAGCAGCCCCAGGACAAAAUGUAUCUGAAGAUUACUUACUUUCCAAGAUGCCCCCAGACGGCAGAGAGGUUCCCUUUGUUGUGCCGACCUAUGUCCAACCCAGCUACCCUAAUUUACAGGCUGAGCCACAGAGUUCAGCCCGGUGCACAUAUGCAGCAAGGAAGGCAGAGCUGGUCAGCACCACUCCCUUCAUCUACUACCCCGAGUCCUUCUUCCAUCAGGGUCACAUGGCAGAGCACAUCUCCCCCGGCUCGAGCCGCCGAGACACAAUGAAGAAGAGAAGCUUUGGUCCACAAAGCCCAGGUUGGAAUAUGAAGUUGGGUGGCCAGGAGCGACUGAGCAGCUCCAUGUUUGAUUUGUCCAACCCCCAGGGUCACAUGCAGCGAUUUGAGUCCCUCAGCAGUGCCUCCUCCAAGAUGAGCUCCAUGACAAGCAGCCUGGAGUCUGUCACCUUGUCUGGGGAUGAGCGCGAGUUGGGGAAGGUGUGUGUCCGGCUGAACUAUCAGGAGGCUCUGGAGCAGGUGUGGAUCACCCUGGUUCAGUGCUCAGACCUCAACCUUCAUCCGGAUGGAGGGGAGCAGCAAAUGAUUGGUUUCAAAUCAAUCAUUACCACCCCCAAACCCAUACAGUUCAAGAGCUCAGUUAGAGAGUACUGUCAGGAUGUGUCCUUCAUGGAGACCUUUGUGUUUGCGCUGCAUCUCCAGCUGUUGCGCUGCAGUGCCUUGGUGCUGCGACUGCAGACACACAACCCCAAAAAACGUACGGUGGCAGAGUGUGUCCUUUCCCUGCGACACCUCGGUUCUCAGGAGACAGAGCACUGGCUUGAACUCAACCCUCCGUCUAAAUCUUCGGUGUGCCACUCUGAGCUGCAUCUUACUACGUGCUUUCAGCCGGUGAAUGGACGCAUCCAGGUCCAGGUCCUUGCUGCUCAAAAUCUCCCAGCGUCCUCCUCACCACUCACUCAAGCUUUUUUUGUCAAAGUGGAGAUGACCCAGUUGGAGGAGGUGACGAAGAAGAAGACCCGAGUGCUCAAGGCCUCGGGAGGUCAGUGUCAGUGGGCUGAGACAUUUCACUUCCAUCUGGCCACCUUAGACCACGCCUACUCACUCUCAGCGAAACUCUACAGUCGCAGCUCAGUCAGGAGGAAACAGUAUCUCGGACAGAUUCAGCUGGGACUCAAUAGCCCUAUCCCAGAGGCUGUGGAGCAGUGGAAGGACACAAUGGCUCAUCCAGAGAAAGUGGUGGCAGCGUGGCACAGGCUGAGUUCUUCCUAAACCUCUUCUCCCAGCUACUUCUUUACGCUCUACUGACAUAGUGCUCUCGUGCUGCACAUCUCGCUGUGCCUGCUUACUUUUCCAGCUGGCCAGCCACAGUCCUGUACGUUGACAUAGUCAACUCUGAUUGACCAGACUGUAAACUGCUGAACGUGCUCUCUGGGAAAUUUCCGCAGAGACAGUGCACGUGUUCAGUGAUCAGUUAUAAAUAAGGGUUUCGAACAAAAUGUAGAUGGUCGAAAGGUUAUUUUU